CACCGCCGCCACCAUGAACCGCCUUGGCUCCGGGCCCGUGGGCAGCGCCGCCGCCGCCGCCGCCGGGCAAUACCGGGUGUGCGGCAAUUGCCGGAAGGUGCCGAGACAGGAAAAGAGAGUACAAGUCUCCCCACCAUUGACAAGAGGACCAAGUGCCUUUAUACCAGAGAAUGAAGUUAUGCAAGCAAAUGGUUUGGAUGAACGUACUAAUCUUCUUGUGGAAGAAUAUUCUACGUCUGGUCGCCUGGACAACAUCACACAGGUCAUGAGUAUCCAUACUCAGUACCUGGAGUCUUUCCUCCGCAGCCAGUUCUAUAUGCUGCGCAUGGAUGGGCCCCUUCCUUUGCCCUAUAGGCACUACAUUGCUAUAAUGGCUGCUGCCAGACAUCAGUGUUCCUACCUAAUAAAUAUGCACGUUGAUGAGUUUCUAAAGACUGGUGGGAUUGCAGAGUGGUUGAAUGGUUUGGAAUACAUUCCCCAAAGACUGAAAAAUCUGAACGAAAUAAACAAACUCCUUGCACACCGGCCCUGGCUAAUCACAAAAGAGCACAUUCAGAAACUUGUCAAGACUGGGGAAAAUAAUUGGUCUCUUCCUGAACUGGUGCAUGCUGUUGUCCUGUUGGCACAUUAUCAUGCCUUGGCAAGUUUUGUAUUUGGUAGUGGCAUUAAUCCAGAGAGAGAUCCGGAUACAUCUAAUGGAGUCAGACUUAUAGCAGUCAACAACUUCUGUGUCUGUGAUCUUGCCAAUGACAACAACAUAGAAAAUGCAUCCCUCACAAGUAGCAACUUUGGGAAUGUCAUGGUGUUUUUGCAGAUUGCAGAUUCUUUAAGUGAGCUGGAGGCUUUGAUGGAAAGGAUGAAGAGACUACAAGAAGAUAAAGAGGAUGAAGAAGCCUCUCAGGAAGAAAUGGCAACUCGCUUUGAAAAGGAGAAGAAGGAGAGUCUGCUAGUAAUUAGUGGAGCAUUUGAUGAUGAAAUAGUUUCUACAGAUGUCUCUCGUUAUAUUGAAGAUCCUGGGUUUGGGUACAAAGACUUUGCAAGGCGAGGAGAAGACCAUCUGCCAACAUUCAGAGCUCAGGACUAUACUUGGGAGAAUCAUGGCUUUUCCCUUGUAAACAGGCUUUAUUCUGAUAUUGGGCAUCUUCUGGACGAGAAAUUUCGGAUGGUAUAUAACCUCACAUAUAACACUAUGGCAACACAUGAAGAUGUUGAUACAACGAUGCUAAGAAGAGCUUUAUUUAACUAUGUCCACUGUAUGUAUGGAAUCAGGUAUGAUGACUAUGAUUAUGGGGAAGUUAAUCAGCUACUUGAACGCAGCCUGAAGGUUUACAUAAAGACAGUGACCUGCUACCCAGAGAGAACUACCAAGCGCAUGUACGAUAGUUACUGGCGUCAGUUCAAGCACUCAGAGAAGGUUCAUGUCAAUCUACUUCUAAUGGAAGCUCGGAUGCAAGCCGAACUUCUGUAUGCCCUUCGUGCCAUAACUCGUCACUUAACCUGAAGGAUUUGCUGGGCAGGAGUAAAGAAGUUUUUACUAAGUAUGUAAAGACCUUUUGAAAUAGAUACACACCAGAAGCUGUUUGUGAUGUAGCAUCAGGUUAUUCAAUUCUCUAGUGUCAAAGUUUAGCCGUGCUUCUUGGCGGCUGUAAUGUGCAAUGACGUGUUUUAUUUUCUUGAUGCUUAACAUUACUAAUGAUAACAAAAGUAACACUGAGGAGCACUACUCUGCAUUGUUUCCGCCUGGAUUUCUGCGCAGUGGUCAGGAUCCUGAAACUGUUUUUAUUAUAUCCAAUCCUAGCGCUUUGCUCUUUAAGCACUGGAGUGAAGUGCUUAGAGACUUCUUUUUCCAAGCAAUCAUGUUUCAGAUUAGUGGAGUCCAGCAGAAGAUCAGUUCUGCCUGUCCUGAGAACGUACCACCAUGUCGUGACUCAUGACAGAGACACGCGGGCUGUGUUGCAUUGAAAUGCCCACUGGAUUCUUCUGUGUCUCCCGGAGACUGCUGCCAGUCACUGUCUUACUACAGCAAUUGGAGGUGAUGCGAGAUGUGGAUGCAAACAUCGAGCACACUUUAAUGUGAAAUUAAUCUUGAUAAAUCCUACAGCAUGCUACUGAAGUGCGAAAUUCAUCUGCUUUGUCAUGCCCCUUCCCAAGAGAAGAGGCCUCAUGAUUUGCCAUUUCAGUCACACUUACUGUGUUUCAAUCAUGCAUAAUCUUGUUUUACUGACAGUCACCCUCAGUUGUCCUGACAAUAUCCAUGCUCAUCACAUGUUGCAAUUUUUUUAGUUGGCACCUAUAAAAUUAAUACGCAGGCUGACCAAAAAUAGGGUUGUGGGGUUUUUUGCACUCUCUCCUUUAUCAAUGUUGUAACUAAGGAAAGUAAAGGAAGGCUAGCAUAUCUGUUCUUUCAUAUUGGAUGUAUAGAAAUUUACUUCCCAUAACUUUUUCAUAGCAUGAAAUUGUAAUAUUCAAAGUUUAAAAAGUUUCUAUGCAUUAGUGUGAGUGAACAAAAGAAAAGUGCAAUAUUUAAAAAGAAAGCAAGCUUUUUUCCCUGACAUGCCACUGCUAAAGUGUCCUUCUUAUAUAGCCAUAAAGAAAUUUUAAAACCAAAUUUCUUUAUUGUCUAAGGCCUAGCAGUUUUGUUUUAGCUUUUACGGCUUAAGACAACCUGAUACUGAGAUGCCAAAGCAUCCCCAAAACAAAGCAUUUUUGGACAACCAGUAAUAUUGGGGAAGGGAAGAAAUAAGCUGCCAAAAAUGUCACACUUUUGUGCUGGUUUUUGUUGCUUUUGACUAAUUUUAAGAGCACAAAAUGUUGAUAUUUAUAGCUUUAUUUUGUAUUGCAUUAAUGAACCAGUGAAGUGCCUAAAGAGAUGCUUAAACUUACCCAGUAGAACACAAGUUGUCACUGCUUCAACUUUUUUCUGUUGGUUUGGACUUUUCAUAUUUCUUUUGAGGAGGGUGACCUUUAUUUCUGUGGCAUACAUUCAAAACUAACUAGUCAGGUUUGUUUUUAAUGUUCCAUUGGAUUGUAGAAAUUAAUACCGAAUUUUUUUUCAUUAGUGAUUGCAGAAUAGUUAAAAAAA